GCGAGCGGCGCGAUGGCUCCGAGCGCGGAAGGCGGGCGAGAGGCGCUGGGGCGCGGGGCCCGGAAGGGCGUGCGGGCCGUGCUCCUGGGGCCGCCCGGGGCCGGGAAGGGCACUCAGGCUCCUCGUCUCGCUGAAACGUACUGUGUGUGCCACCUGGCUACGGGAGAUAUGUUGAGGGCGAUGGUGGCUUCGGGCUCAGAGCUGGGGAAGAGGUUGAAGGAGACGAUGGAUGCUGGGAAGCUGGUGAGUGAUGAGAUGGUGGUAGAGCUGAUUGAGAAGAACCUCGAGACCCCCCUCUGCAAAAAUGGCUUCUUCUUGGACGGGUUCCCUCGCACUGUGCGACAAGCAGAGAUGCUGGACGAGCUGAUGGUGAAGAGGAAAGAGAAACUAGAUUCAGUCAUCGAAUUCAGCAUUGCUGACUCCUUGCUCAUCCGGAGAAUCACUGGACGGCUAAUCCACCCAGGAAGUGGCCGUUCCUACCAUGAGGAAUUCAACCCACCCAAGAUCCAUAUGAAGGACGAUGUCACCGGGGAAUCUCUGAUCCGCCGGUCAGAUGACAACGAAGCAGCGCUGAAAACACGCCUGAAGGCUUAUCACACCCAGACCAGUCCGCUGGUAGACUACUACUCCCGGCGUGGAAUCCAUACAGCUAUUGAUGCUUCCCAGUCUCCAGAUGUGGUUUUUGCCAGCAUCCUGGCAGCUUUCUCAAAAGCAACAAGUAAAGACCUGGUUAUGUUCAUAUAAGGCUCUUCUCUUCCUUUCUUCUCCUUUCCUGUCUUCUGGGGUCAGCAAGAAAGAAUGCUGUGGGAGUAGGAGCAAAGCAAUUGUGGAGAAAGGCUGUACAAGCAGUCCAUUAAACAGACGUGUGACUCUUCA